ACCGCCGGUAAAAAAGAAGAAGAAGAAGAAAAAACAGUCAGACAUGAGUAGUCGCAUCAUCGAGCGCAGAGCGAUUCGAUCGGGAUUCCUGCAGCAUGGCGGGGGACAAGGAUCCAGUAACCCGGCUGAAGGACCUGGCACAGCUCAAGGAUCAGCUGGAGGAAAUCCAGAAGAAGGUGGAGAGUGAAGUUCAGGCAGGAAUCCCGCAGGGUGGGUCAUUAUUAGCAUCGCCAUUUCUGAAAGGAUUCCUUGCAGGGUAUGUGGUUUCCAGAAUGCGUUCUUCUGCCAUCUUGGGAGUCGCUUUAGGAACCCUGACAGGAAUCUAUGCUGCCCAGAGCUAUCAGGUGCCCAACAUUGAGGAGAGCAUACGAGACUUUCUGAGCUCUCUGAAGAAAGGACCCGGGAAUUAG